CGAUUCAAUGCGCAAUGCGCAUCCUGUAGUGAGUAAAGAGAACCACAUCACGUCUCUUCGUCUUCAGCCGAAAAAUGAAACCGGCUUCGCAGGCGAAGCUCGAAUACUAUGCUCGGUAGUGUUUGAUUUCGAUAGUAGGAUAUUAUGAUAAGAAUUUCGUGCGAAUAAUUCGAGUUCGGUUUGCAUAGACAUUUUGUGCCUUUAAAUAGCUAGUUACAUACUGUAUUUUUCAAUGAAUUGAUAAGUUUAUCAUUGGGUUUUCAUUCGCAGUUCUUUUUGAAAAUUGGCGAACUCAAAAUGGAAUCCGACCAGUCGCAAGAAUCCUUUCCAGUUUUCCAUUUCAUUCCACGGACUCUGCAAGACAUAGCUGCAUCAAAAUACGCGUUCAUUAGUUGGUGUAAUUCCAGCAACCUUUCACAUCAUAUCCCGGCGAGCAUUCGGUCGAUGAUCAAGGAUAAGAUCCAAUCAAUUAGUAAUGAGAUCAAAAAAUGGAUUAAGGAUUCUAGAUUGUUCAUAGGCGAGAAACCACCUCCUGAAGUUAUGAUCAACUUUGUAGCUUUCGAUUCCGCUGGCGGUAUUUGCUCUAGAAGAACAGUGAAAAAUUUACUCAUGUCGAAUGUGCGGCGAUUCGAUUUAGAGAGACAGUUCCACAUCGCUUGUUCGUAUUGCAUUGAGGAAGAUAUUGAGCGUUUGUGGCCGUCGGUCAAAGAGCGAUUCCGUGAAUGCCAAUUUAGCGUAACUGAUCGUUAUCAAUAUCAACGCGUCGAUUUGAUGAAUUAUUGGUGUUCCCGCAUGAGAGGCGAAUUGAAGAAAGUCUACGGACCGGAACAAAAAUCUCCCGAAUGGUAUACGCUUUCCGGUCUGCUUUCUGACGUUGAGUUUUAUGUGAGAAACUGGUUAGAAAUUGAGUACUUUUGGAGUAAGUUGAACACGCAAGAAAAAAGUUCCCUCGUAGACCAAAUUUGGAUUGAGCAAGAAAAAUAUCACUUUGAAUACGAAAGUUGGAUGAAGCAAGAUCCUACAAAACACACAUCUCGUUUAAUAAUAAUGAACUCGAAUGAUACGGUGCUGAGAAAUUUUGUGAGAUCAAAAUGGUUUCUAUUUAUUGUAUAUUUUGCCAUAGAUGACGUCUACUGCCAAUAUGCUUUACAGCUUUGGAACUACGGAAAAAGUUCAAUCGUCGAGGGUGCCACGUUCUCGUACGAAAUUUUAUUGCCUUUAUCGAAAGUGGCAUAUAAGUGCGAAUAUUCGAGGUAUGCGGCGAUCAUACUCAAAGAAAUAUGGCUUUCUGCUCCGGAUCAUUUGAAAGAGUAUGUUACUUCAGACGAGGACUACGAUCAUGUUAAAAACUUGUUCGCAGCAUGUUUAGGUAAUGCAUAUUGUCCCCAUUUUGGUCGCGAUUUUGGUUUUUUGAUAGAACUACUAAAAUAUGCUGACUAUGGAAUCGGGCAAAAAAUGUGGAGCAAUUGGUGGCUAACUUUGAUUCGUCUCGCCAAGACCUCAGAUCUGUGUGAAUUGAUGCCGUUGUGUUUUGACAGUGUAAACGAUAUUGUCAAGUUUAAAAAAACUGAAAUGUUAAAUUACGGAUUAAUGCGACAUAGUUUCGAGGAAUUCUUGGAAUCUGAAUCGUUCGAAGAGCUAUCUGAGUACCUGACGUUUUGUUGUUCAGAUGCUGACGACGAUAAACAAGCACGUAUUGUAAGAACAAGAAUAAUUAAUCGAAACUUGAGCUGGAUCAUUGGGCGUAAGCCUGAUUUUAAUUUGAGUAAAUGUUUUCAAUUUUUCGAUGGUUGUUUUACAUUGGAAGAAGUAGCCGAAUUGCUGGAAUGUCACCUUCCAGAUAAAGAGACCGGUCUGUUGUCAUUUUGGAUUUCAUUCAGCUGUUUUGAAACAUUCGAAAGAUUACUGCGUUGUUUGAUGUUUUCUGAUCAACGAUUGAUGGAAUUGAAGCGAUUUUUCAAGGAAAGAUGUCGGCAUGUUUUGACGUUGGGUAAUUUUCAUUUAUUAUGCGUGGACGAUUGGAAUAAUUUUCUGAAAUGGUGUGACUUCAGUCAGAAAGAAUUAUCCGAAUUAAGAUGUAGUAUUCAGAUAGAUAAUCUCUUGGAAAAUUUGCUGACCAACGUGUACAAGUUUUUGGUGGCUAGGCGGAACGGUGAUGAUUCUUUUGUUGCUGUGUGUUUUGAAGGGAUUAGUUUCCAUUCGAUUGAUGGAUUUUUACUUUGGUAUUUCGGGAGUGAACAAGCUGUGCAGGAGUACAAAUCGCGUAAAAGGAAUGAUCUCGAGAAUAGCGAGGCGAUGAAAUUUUUGAAAACAGAUAAAAUGGUUCGUUUAUUAUUUGAUAGUUGGUUUAGACAGGAUGUAAGUACAUAUUUGAAAAAUGAUGUAAAAGUAAAAUACGUGUCGUAAAUACGUAGCUACAAUUUUUAUUUGUCAUUGAGUUAUUCAAUUUAAUGAGAUGUUGAUCAUUUUCAGAUCAUUUUUUAGUAGAAUUUUCUUGUGUUUUUUUUUUUUUUUUGAAAGAAUAAAAUUCCACCAAUUUCUGUAAUCUUUUCAGCAUUUUGUUUCAUUGUUCUUUUUUUUUGUUUUAAUUCAAAAAAGAAUCUGAAACAUUUGAAAUAAGUAUAACUAUUUUAGUUUUACGCAAUUUGAAUCGAUUUAUUUAUAUGAUUAUAUUUUUAUUUUGUUUAUUAUUUCGUAGGCUGCCUUACAUUUGUUUGAAUAGAUAGGUUAGGUAUAAUAUUUUGAAUUUAUUAUCCGCGCGAUUAAUUGUUUUCAACGCAAAUACUUACAGAAUUUUUAAGGUUGUAAAAUAUUGCUGAUGGAGCAGAAUUUUUGGAUUUAUCGUAAAUAAAUUUGUAUGGUUUCUUGAGUAA